AUGCCCGCCAUGACUGCAGCUUCGGCACAAGGCCUGCGCGAUCUUAUCGACCAGUACACGACGGGGGAAAAUCCGAAACUUCCGGGGGUUGUGUAUUGUGCAUUUGGACAAGAUAGUCUUCCGAUAUUCCAGCAUGCAUCCGGGAAGAAGGGCUUGUCGACAACCCAGCCAAUGACGUUGGACACCACAUUUUGGCUCUUAUCAUUCACAAAGUUGAUAACUUCCAUAGCUUGUAUGCAAUGCGUGGAGCGAGGCUUGCUCAAGCUAGACGACGCAGACCAGCUCGAAGAGUUGGCACCGGAAUUACGUCAUGUGCAGGUGCUCCAGAGGACAGCCGAAGGAGACUUCCACUAUGUUCCGAAGAAAAGUCGUAUCACCUUCAGGAUGCUUCUGAACCACACAGCUGGUUUCGGGUACGCCUUUGAAGAUGACAAACUGGCUGAGGUAGCCCGUCCGGUCGGCCUGGACGAUUUCUCCUGUGACAGAUUUGAUGUCAUCAGCCGCCCACUGCUGAACCAGCCGGGUGAAACAUUUCAAUAUGGGACAUCAAUGGACUGGGCGGGCAUCAUUGUCGAGCGUGCUACAAGAGUGUCCCUAGAAACGUACUUUCAGGAGAACAUAUUCGGACCCCUCGACAUCACCAGCAUCACGUUUCAACCUUCGGAAGAGACGAAAUCACGAUUGGCUCAUAUGCAUCAGAGAGAUGUUGACGGUGGAUUUUACGAGAUAGAUCACAUUUACAGAAAGCCCCUGAUCGUGAAAACGCAGGAGGAAAAGGGCGACCUGUUUUGCGCUGGGGGGCAUGGAUGCUUUGGCAAGCCAGCAGAGUUCUCUCGUAUCAUCGCGCUGCUCCUGAAUGAUGGCCAAGAUGCCAGGACGAAGGCGCAACUGCUGAGACCGGAAACAGUAGGCGGUAUGCGAACUGAAUUGUUUCUGAGCCUUUUGUACAACCAAGUUUCUGACGUCGUCUAG